GGUGGGGCUUCAAUCGGAGACCGGACUCGGAACGAUCGGAGGUCGAAUUUUAGGGCUUUUUGACCUUUUCCCCGGACCAUCCAGCUGAAUCUUGAGCGGUUCUACGCGGGAUUCAUGGGUUUUCGGCGUCUAUUUGGGUUUUUGAUCCAACGAAAUCGGUGAGUCCUUCGGAUUGGAGCCCAGCGACGGUUGAUUCGUUCUGCGAACUAGGGCUUUUCUUGAGCCCUAAUUGUUUAAGAGCUCGGAGCUCGUCAUUGGGAGAUCGAUCCAUCACUUUCUUAUUUGUUCUGCAAGAAGGGGAGGAAGAAGAGCCGGUGAGCGCGAGGGAUGAAGAAGUACGGUCGGCCGGACGCCCUGUAGAUCUUGAUCGGACCGGAGGCGGGACGCGUUUGCAGGUCGGUCAUUGGAGUCAAGAAGCAAGCGACUAGAAAGAACCAAAGCCUCAGCAAAGGGAGUUGGGGGACGAGAGGGAUAGUGAGAGGGGAGAGAGGUGGGGGAUGGGGACGACGCUGCGGUACGCGAUGGUGUGCUCGUCGAACCAGAAUUAGGGCUUUGCUUGAGCCCUAAUUGUUUAAGAGCUCGGAGCUCGUCAUUGGGAGGAAGAAGAGCCGGUGAGCGGGAUGAAGAAGUACGGACUCCGGCUUCGAUUUCCGCCGGUGCAGAAGACCUCGAAGCCAGCUCCUCCUCGCCCUCCCCCUCCUGCCUUCGCUUUCGGCGGCGGCGACGACGAGGAUGACAUCGAGAGGGAAAUCUCACGGCAGGCGUCCAAGAACAAGUCUCUCCAGAAGAUCGAGGAGCAGCACAAAAAGGCAAUGGAAGAGGAUCCCUCGGUCUUCGACUACGACGGAGUUUACGACGAGAUGAAGGGGAAGAUUGCGCGCCCCAAGGUUCAGGAUCGAACGGAGAGAAAGUCAAAGUAUAUAGAAACACUUGUGGAGAAAGCAAAACAACGUGAGCGGGAACAUGAAAUUGUAUAUGAGAGGAAGCUGCUGAAAGAGAGGAGCAAGGAUGAUCACCUUUUUGCAGAUAAGGAAAAGUUUGUAACCAAUGCCUACAAGAAAAAGCUAGCAGAACAAGCAAAAUGGUUGGACGAAGAGAGGCUGCACCAAAUUCGUGAAGAAAGAGAUGAUGUAAGUGGCUCAUAUCUUUCUUUUUGCUGCUUUGCUUUAUUUUUCUUGUUGCAUAUGUAAUGUGAUUUAUGCAACCUUUUGUGCAUAAAAAACAUCCACUGUUCAACAAAAUGUGGUGUAUUCGACAAUUGAUUUUGUUUUUCUCUGGUGGAAGAAUAAAAGCUUAAAAUCACUUCAUUGUUGUAGAA